AUGGAUGGAUCUGGUCCCGAAUGUCAACCCCGCUUCUUCGCAUCUGGGGAGCUGGAAGCCGUUAACGAUGGUAGCUCCGACCAGAAGUUCACAGUAUGUACCUCUGCACAGUUUUGCUCCAGCUGGGGUCCCGACUUCCAGUACUUCCAUGAAGUGCUCCAGCGAGCACAGCUCGAGCAUGAUCGAUUCUCCAGGGACUCAACGCAGCUCUGGCAUGAUUAUUUCUCCGGGAACCCAGCGCAGCUCCGGCACGGCGGUUUCUCCGGGAACCCAGCGCAGUUCGGGGAUGGUGACUUCCAUCGAAGCAAUGCAGAACGUGAAAUCGCAAGAGCGGCAAAAGAAGUUAAAAAACCGGAAAUUCGCGAUUUAUCCAUCACUUUGAAUGAAGAUGACGAUGAUGCAACAGCAUUUGUAGCAACAGCUGACGAAUUAGCAGAACUGACAAAAGGUUUUGAUGUGGAUGAAAGAGAUUCACGACUGAGCUUGAGCGAAGCUGUAAGGGGAUGCAGUUCAGUCACGUCGAGAAAGGCCGAGGACAGUAAUGAGACCUCAUCUUUGCAGAAGAGUGCAGUGGAACCUGAAGUAGCACCAGAAUUGACAAGUCAAGUCUCGGGAUUGGGUUUCGUGAUUGUGACAGUUCAUCGGGAUUAUUUUGGCUUAAUUUUUUUCGAUGAUAUAUAUGAGGGAAGAUUGUCUGGAUUCUGCGGUAUUCUUUCCAAUGUGCGGUUGCUGAUGGUGCUUCGAAGGAAGAAUGCGACGCUGGUGGUGGUUGGUGAUAUCGGGCGAAGUCCACGUAUGUGCUAUCACGCGAAAUCAUUGGCCGAUAAAAAUUAUCACGUACAGAUUGUUGGUUACGCCGAUUCGGUGAUGCAUCCAGUCAUAAAACAGCAUCCUCUAAUCAGGUAUUACUAG